CCAACAAAUUAUGGACGUCGGUGGGAACGGUGUCGGGCUUCCUGUAAACAAUAAACAGAGAGCUAUGAUACCUAACAAAACCAGGGGCGAAUUUACCCGCAAUCCAAGGAAAGAUUCAGAGGGGCUGUCUGAGUCUCCAGACCUCGAGUUUGAAUAUGCUGAUACAGACAAGUGGGCUGCAGAACUGUCAGAGCUGUACAGUUACACUGAAGGACCAGAGUUUGCUCUCAAUAGGAAGUGCUUUGAGGUUGAAUUCCGAACACAUGUUUCAGAAAAGAAGUGGACGGAGCUCGAUGCAGCUCAGCACAGAGCUCACGCCAUGCGCCUGUUGGACGGUCUGGAGGUGAUCGCUCGGGAGAAGAGGCUGAAGGUUGCAAGAGCUAUUCUUUACAUGGCUCAGGGAACCUUUGCAGAGUGCAGCUCUGAGGCCGAGGUGCAGUACUGGAUGAGAUACAACAUCUUUCUGCUGCUGGAUGUGGGGACCUUCUCUGCUCUGGUGGAGUUGCUCAACAUGGAGAUUGAUAACAGCGCGGCCUGCAGUAGUGCCGUUAGGAAACCAGCUAUCUCUCUCGCUGACAGCACAGAUCUCAGAGUGCUGCUGAACAUAAUGUACCUGAUGGUGGAAACGAUACAACAGGACGACCCGGCUGACAAGCCUGAGUGGAAAAUCAUCAGGGAAACAUUCAGAGCAGAACUUGGAUCUCCUCUAUUCAACAACGAGCCCAUUUCCGUCAUGCUCUUCGGGAUGGUGACCAAGUUCUGCAGUGGUCAUGCCCCUCACUUCCCAAUGAAGAAAGUGUUGUUGCUGUUGUGGAAGAGCAUCCUGUUCACACUUGGAGGGUUUGAGCAGCUCCAGAGCAUAAAGGUUCAUAAGCGUGAGGAGCUGGGUCUCCCGCCUCUCCCAGAGGACAGCAUUCGAGUCAUUCGCAGUAUGAGGGCCGCUUCGCCUCCCGCGUCUGCAUCCGACCUCAUCGAGCAGCAGCAAAAACGGGCGCGUCGCGAACACAAGGCGCUGAUCAAACAGGACAACCUCGACGCGUUCAACGAAAAGGAUCCUUACAAAGCCGAUGACUCUCGCGAGGAUGAGGACGACAAUGAUGACAAUGACAACUCCAUAGAGCCAGAGACAUUCCCUCUAGAGAGGGAUGAGGUGAUGCCUCCACCUAUUCCUCACCCUCCAUCAGAGAGGGUGUCCUUCCCCAAAGGACUGCCGUGGGCUCCUAAAGUCAGGGAAAAGGACAUUGAAAAUUUCCUGGAGUCAAGUAGAAGUAAAUUUAUUGGUUACACACUCGGGAGCGAUACAGAUACAGUGGUUGGUUUGCCCCGGCCGAUUCAUGAGAGCAUAAAGACGUUAAAGCUGCACAAGUACGUCUCCAUUGCUGAGAUACAGAUUGCAAAAGAGGAAGAGUUUCAGAAAACACCUCUGUCUGGGGGGGAAGAGGAGGUGGAGAUGUCCGCCACUGAGCUGCUCUAUCAGGGAAUCCUGCCCAGUUUGCCUCAGUACAUGAUCGCUCUGCUGAAGAUCCUGCUCGCAGCAGCUCCGACCUCUAAAGCCAAAACGGACUCCAUCAACAUCCUGGCAGAUGUGCUGCCGGAGGAGAUGCCGACCACAGUGCUGCAGAGCAUGAAACUUGGUGUCGAUGUCAAUCGACACAAAGAGAUCAUCGUGAAGGCCAUCUCUGCCAUCCUGCUGCUGCUUCUAAAACACUUCAAACUGAACCACAUCUACCAGUUUGAGUACAUGGCUCAACACUUGGUGUUUGCCAACUGCAUCCCCCUCAUCCUGAAGUUCUUCAACCAGAACAUCAUGUCUUACAUCACAGCUAAAAACAGCAUUUCAGUGCUUGACUUUCCUUAUUGUGUGGUGCAUGAGCUCCCGGAGCUAACCGCAGAGAGUUUGGAAGCAGGAGACAACAAUCAGUUUUGCUGGAGAAAUCUGUUCUCUUGUAUCAACCUGCUGAGGAUCCUCAACAAACUGACUAAGUGGAAACACUCCAGAACAAUGAUGCUGGUGGUGUUUAAGUCCGCUCCCAUCCUGAAGAGGGCGCUGAAGGUCAAGCAAGCCAUGAUGCAGCUUUACGUCCUCAAGCUGCUCAAAGUGCAGACCAAAUACCUGGGACGCCAGUGGAGGAAGAGCAACAUGAAGACCAUGUCUGCCAUCUACCAGAAAGUCCGACAUCGGCUCAACGAUGACUGGGCCUACGGGAACGAUCUGGACGCUCGUCCCUGGGACUUCCAGGCCGAGGAGUGUGCUCUGCGAGCCAACAUCGAGCGCUUCAACAGUCGCCGCUAUGACAAGACCCACAGCAACCCGGACUUCCUGCCUGUGGACAACUGUCUGCAAAGUGUCCUGGGACAGCGGGUGGACCUUCCCGAGGACUUCCAAAUGAACUAUGACCUCUGGCUGGAGCGGGAGGUCUUCUCCAAACCUAUUUCCUGGGAGGAGCUGCUACAGUGAGAAUCAACGACCGUCAACAUCCUCAUGUUUUUAUAAAAAAAAACAAAAAAAAAACAGUUUGAAUCAGGAGUUCAGACAAACCACCAACAGUGCUCUCAGCAUUGUGUUUCAUGUUCUGUACAGACUGACGGUGACAGAUGGAUUUCCAGGUGUAGACUUUCAAUCAACACGUUUUACAGUUUCCUUUAUGUGAUGAACUGGUGAGACUUUUCCCGACACUAAUGCCACCCACAGUUUUUAAUGUCGAUUAAUUCAGAGCUGAAUCUUGCUCCACAUGUGGACUCAAACCCAACCCCUUCAGCUGAAUCCAAAUGUUCGCCCUCACAGACUUCAGUCAUACACACUCUGACGUGUUCGCUCUCAUCACGUAAAGUCUGCGAGGGCAGAGACAGCAGAGAGUCUGUUUCACUCAUUGCCAUGGAAACGUUUGAGUGACAACUACAUUCAUGUAAACAGUGAUCACUGCUGUCAUAUUCUAUCUGCUCAUCUUUCCCAGCAGAUGACAAGACAUAAAUCCCAUAUUUAGGCUUUUAUGGUGACUGAACAAAACGAUAUUCACAUUUUUCUACACAUAUAGGCUACACAUAUUUUUCAUGGUGUGGUUACAUUUUAUUUCCGACCGAAAUAAUUCAAGUAACGUUUUAAUAUAGCAAAAGUGAGUCUGCAAGUGCGGUGAAGUCUGAAGAUUUGGAUUCAGCGCUCCUUACAGAUAUUAGCUCUGUGUGCCUCCGACUUGCCACAGGUCUGAGUUUGACCUUGAAGCACUACAUGAAAGAUCCUCAUUUUAAAGAGAUUUAUUUGGGUUAAAUUUUAUUGUAACUGCUAAGACUCAAACAGAGGUGUGUGCCAUGUUGAGACAGACGUAACAUUCCUGCGUCUUGAGUUUAUCUUUACAGCGAUGAAAGAAAGGGGAUUGGGGCUUUUUAGCCAUAAUUUCUGUAGGUACAAAUAAAAAAGCAUUACUUUUUAAUAGCUAUCAUCCGAAGGGGACAAACCUCUGUUCACAUGACCUACCCUUUUGUUGUUCAGCCGCAUUUGCAAAUGAUUCAAAGUGUGUUUGCAUUAUUCUGAUUUUCUCACCUGAGUGCUGCCUACACACCUUUACUCUGGGACCACGGAGGCGACCUUCACUGACCACCAGGCUGAAUGGACAUGAUAAUACAGCCUUGAUUUUUACCUUAAUUUGUUAAUUUGCUGUGUUGACAUGGUUGCUGAUGUUUUUUAUUUGCGUGAGAGAAAUGAGAAACAUUUAAGUUUCUGGUUUGAGACGGGUGGUUUCUGAGCUUCAUUUAUCAGACAGCUGUUGUGACUGAACAGUUAUUGAACCAUUUUCCUCUGUCUUUUUCUACUUCUCAACUUUGUUUUUUUUUGUUUUGUUAUAAAGGUUAAGGAAAUGAGAUACCUGUAAAUUGUGAAAGUUAUUUAUCAUGCGUUUGUCUUUGUUUUACAUGGACUUAAAUACUGUAAUAAAAUGAUACUGUUA